AUGGUGAGAUCCCAGGGCGACACCAGGUCCGUCGGCAGCCCUACGCCUACGCCUGCUGCCGUACCGCCUACGCCCACAUGGGACGCCCAGACCGUGCGAGCACCUAGCCUGGAGAGCGGCCCGAGGAGGCAGCCGCAGCCGCAGCCGCAGCCGCAGCAGCACCAGCAGUACCAGCAGCAGCAUUACCCCCAUCACUACGCUCAUUCCAGCUCUCAUAGUCGGACGCAGCCGUCCGUCAGCGGCAGAGAGGGCGCCGCACGCGGCAGCGUCCGUGACAGGGACAGGUACGCGCCCUCGGACCUCCAGGGCCCGCGCCACGCCCGCAGUGACAGCGAGGCCACCGGCAUGACGGGCGUCACCGGGAUGGCGUCGUCGGCCAGCGCCAGCUACCCCGAGACGACCCAGAGCGGCCCCCAUCGCCGUCACGACUACGACGUCCAGGCCAUGGAGACGACGCCUGGCAGCCCACGAUCCAUCACCCGGAACCCCAUCCCGGCCCCGAGCGUCACCGUCCGCUCCGAGUUUCCCACCCUCAACCGCUCUCGGCAGCAGCAGACCCUGACCUGCCUCGUCACCAUCGAGGUCCCAGACAACAAGUGGAGGCCCGACCCCGACGACCUAGGCGCCGGCGCUUCUCAUGCCCACCAGUCCGUGGCCUCUGGCUACCAGGAUGUCGCCCGCAUCGACGAUAUCGCGAGGUCCGCGUCGCCCGCCCGCAGCGGCUCCAACUUCUUGCCCUACGAGUCGCCGGAGGUGCUCGAUGACAUGACCGAGAGCCUCCGCGCACGCGUCGACAACUGGCACGGUCUCGACUUCAGCAGGUUCGGCAAGCUGCGCCUGUACGGCACCCUCCGAGUCGGCAAGGACAAGGUCAACUGGCAGGAGCUCGAGUGUUUCCUGUUCGGCGAGAUGCUCAUCUGCGUAAAGGAGAAGAAGGCGGCCCAGCAGUGGGACGACAACGGCCUCCCCCGCAAGCCUCGCUGCACCCUCAAGGGUUCCAUCCUCAUCAAGAAGCACCUCAAGGAAGUCACCGAGACGGGCAGCAUCGACGAGAACGUCCUGACCCUGGGCCUGUCGGUCGAGGAGCUUCCCAAGUUCCACCUGCGCUUCGAGAACCGCAACCAGCUGAAGCUGUGGCAGCAGGCCCUCCUCGACCUCAACGCCGUCGACACCCUGCCGCUGCGCAGCCCCGACUACGACCGCGACGCCUCCGAGACGGACGAGGAAGCCGAGUGGCAACGCUCGCGCCCCCAGAGGGUCUCGUCGGUCGCCUCGUCCUGGGGCCCUGCCAAGUCGGCCACGACGGCUCCCACCGAGUACACCAGCAACAACCUCUCCAAGGCGGCCCCGCUGCCCAGCUCCAUCCACGUCCCCAUCGACGUCGUCGUCGUCGUCCCCAUCUCGUCGUCCAUGCAGGGCGUCAAGAUCAACCUGGUCCGCGACGCCCUCCGCUUCAUGGUCAACACCCUUGGCGAGCGCGAUCGCAUGGGUCUCGUCACGUUCGGCUCCGGUGGCGGCGGCGUCCCCAUCGUCGGGAUGACGACCAAGGCCUGGCCCGGCUGGGCCAACAUCCUGGCCUCGAUCAAGCCCGUCGGCCAGAAGAGCCACCGCGCCGACGUGGUGGAGGGUGCCAACGUCGCCAUGGACCUCCUGAUGCAGCGCAAGCACAACAACCCCAUCGCCACCAUCAUGCUCAUCAGCGACGCCUCCAUGUCGGACGCCGACAGCGUCGACUUCGUCGUCUCCAGGGCCGAGGCCGCCAAGAUCACCAUCCACUCCUUCGGCCUGGGCAUGACGCACAAGCCCGACACCAUGAUCGAGCUGUCGACGAGGACCAAGGCCUCGUACACGUACGUCAAGGACUGGAUGAUGCUGAGGGAGUGCCUGGCAGGCUGCCUGGGUUCCAUGCAGACCCUGUCGCACCAGAACGUCAAGCUCAAGCUCAAGCUGCCCGAGGGCUCGCCCGCAAAGUUCCACAAGAUCAGCGGCGCCCUGCAGAUCACCAAGCGCGCCACCGGCCGCGACGCCGAGGCCGCCCUGGGCGAUCUCCGUUUCGGCGACAAGAGAGACGUCCUCGUCCAGCUCGUCAUCCUCCCCGACAACGUCAACCAGGACCAGCUGCCUCAGGACCCGUGGGAUAACAUCGUCUCGGGCCUGGAGGCGCUGGGCGGGUCCAUGGAGAACGACAAUGAGCGCACCGUCUCGGUCGAGGAGGUGCCCCUCAUCCAGGCCGACCUCACCUGGGGAGACAUACUCCGCGAGGGCACGGCCAUGCAGAUGCCGCGGCCGUCGCUCCUGGCCAUCACCAUGCUGCCGCUGGGCAUCGGUCAGAAGAAGUCGUGGCAGGCGUCGCCUCCCAUCCCGCCCCAUCCCAGCAUCGUGCAGCGCCGCAUGGAGCUCCUCACCUCGGACAUGCUCACGAGGGCCCUGACUCUCGUCAGCCGCGGCCAGCACGAGCGUGCCCACACCCUCCUGACCGAGACGCGGUCGAUCCUCAAGGGCCUGGGCAAGGGCGGGCUGCCUCCCGUGCCCCCCAUGGCCGGCAAGCCACCCGGCACCUCGCCGCACAUUGACGGCUCGCCGAUCGCGACCGGUACGCCCGACCGCAAGCGCAGCCCGUCGCCGCCGACGUCGUCGUCCCACUCGGGCAACAACCCGGCACCGUCGGGUCGAUCCGACGUCGGCGGCCCGGCGACCCUGGGCCUGAGCUCGGGCAUCGACGCCAGCACGGUGUCGGCCCUGGACCAGGAGCUGGAGAGCAGCCUGGAGUGGAUCAACCACCCCGCCGUCUUCAGCCGCGACAGCCGCAAGGCGGUGCUGCAGGCCAUCGGCGUCAUCAGCUCUCAGCGGGCGUUUACCUUCCGCACCCCGGUCGAGAGCAUCUGGUCCGAGAGGAUCACCGGCGUCAAGCGGUUGACCGAGAAGAGCAGGGAGUGGCGUGAGGAAGGGGCCGAUGCCGUGGGUAUUGUCGAGGAGGCAUAA